AUGAAUAUAACUAAUAUUGAUUAAACCAUUAAAUAAAAUGUAUAGGAAAAUACAUAUUAAUAAUUGGAUAAAAAUGUAGAAGAAAAUAAUUCUUAAAAUUUGGAAUCAAAUUUUUUAAGUUUAUUAGGAAAUGAUAAAAAGCAUGAUUCAAAUUAUCCAGAUUUCCUAAAUAAAAAUAAUACAUCGUUUGCUAGUAUCUAAUAAGUCAUUGAUAUGCAAAGACUUUUUGAACUUGAAAAGUAAUUUGUAAAUAUGACAUAGAAAUGAAUUAGAAUAAAGGAUUAAAGAACAAAGAGUUCAUGAAGAACUUAAUUUAAGAUAAAAAUUAUAAGAAUAUGAAUAAGAUGUAAAUAAAUUUAAUAUUCAAAAAAAUGAAUUCAAUAAGAAAUUAUAAGAAACUCAACAGUUAUUUAAAUUAUCUAAUAUAAUUGAUUAAAAAGAUAAUCAAUAAGAAAUAAUUGUUAAAUUAAUUGAAGAAAAUUAUACUUUAACCACUAAAAUUAAUAAUAUAAUAAAUGAAUAAAAAAUAAAAUAAAAUGAAUUUGAAUUAAAAAUUGAUCAAUUAUAAUAAUAAUUAGAUUAAAAUUAUAUUUAAAAAGAGAAUUUAAAGAUCUAAUAUUUAAAUUUGAAAUAAAAUUGUAAGGAAAAGAUGAAUAACAUAAAAUAAUCAAUAAUAUAAUUAAUUGAAAUUAAAUAAUCUUUUACUAUUCAAUUUAAUAGAAUACAUAAUUUUAAUAAUUAAAUCUUGGAAUAAUUAUAAGUAUUUAUAAAUUAGAGAAAAGAAUUAGAAGAAAUGGAAAAACUUAAUUAAUCUAAUCUUAAAUUAAUUAAAUAAUUAAAAUCUUCUUAAAAUUAAUUAAUUUAAGAAAGAUAAUAAUUUUAAAAACUCUUAAAUAUAAAAUAGGUUGAAUUUUAACAACUCUAAAUUUAAUCUUAAGAAUUAUAAUUAUAAAAUCAAAUAUAAUUACAAUAAUUAAAAUCAAUUAAAUAUUUUUAGUAAUCUCAUCUAGAUAAUUAAAAUAAUAAAUUUAUUAACUAUUUACAAAAUAAUUGUGAGGAUAAAAGUGAAUAUGCAGAUGAAAAUUUUGGUAUGAAUAAUAAUGAUGGAUCUAAAAUUGAGAAUACAAAGGAUUAAGAAUUACUCUCAGAAGAACUAGGUAAUAAUGAUUCUAUUGAUAAUAAUAAUAAUAACUAAAUAUAAUAGUAAAAUAUUUAUUUAGAGGGAGAGAGUUAAAUAGAAGAAGAUAACAUAAAGAAGGAAAAUUUAUUAUCUUUAAAAUUAUCAGAUCUUAACACUGAUUUAUAAGGUUAAUCAAUAUCUUAAAAAAUGGAAUAUAUAAAAAAGGACAAUCUAGAAGAUUAAUAUAAAUAGACAGAUGAUAAUGAUAAUUAUAAUGAUUAAGAUAUACCAGAUAUAUAAUUUGAUGAUGAUUUAAAUGAUGUUUUAGUAUAAAUGAAUACAAAUUAAGACAUUAAACAAGUUAUAUUGAAAGAUGAAACACCUUUAGAUAAUAAUAUUAUUGAUUUUGAUUAGGUUGUUUAAUAAUUGGAGGAAAAUAAUUAAUAAUCAGGAUGGGACUUUGAAGGCAUUUGA